GUUAUUUUAUACUUUAGCUUUGCGGUUAGGGCCACGUCGGCGAUACGGUAGCCAGACGACAUGCCCAGAGUCCCUGACGCGUUUCAUCUAUAGGAGUCAACCCACGUUGUCGACGCAUUCAUCGAGUCACAAGGCAGUAACAUGGAGGACUCUGGUGCGAUACCUGUGAACCUCUUGGAGGCCAUCUGGUUUGCGACGGACUUGCAGGGCAUUUCGGCCUUCGUUUCGGCCCUGGGCCAGGAUGCGGUCAACCUGCGCGGCACUUGCCACCUCGGCAAGCGCAUGGUGGACUCUGGGCUGGGCGGGCCCCGCUCGCUGGUCGCGCACGCAAGCCGAGUGACCAGACUUGAGGAUUGGGCACCGCGCGUGGAGUCUCUGCUGGCGACUGCCCAGCGUUUUGAGAGCUGCGCCUCUCUGGCGCUCAACGCCGACACCGACCCCCGCCAGAACUACCCCGUCGGCUACCUGGUGACGCCCCUGGAGGAGGCCGUGAAGCGGGGUGUGUGCCUGCCGCACAUCACGAGCUUGUCGCUCAACUUCAACGUUUGCGAGGAGCUGCUCGCCUGGCGCGCCAGCUACUGCGUGCGGGAGACUGCCGGCCGCUCCCAGCUGUGGCGGCCCUGGAGCCCCGCCUGGUCGCCCAGCCUACACCAGCAGCAGCAGCAGCAGCAGCAGCAGCAGCAGCAACAACAGGCACAAGUGCAGGCACAGGCAGCGGACAAUCAGCAAGACGGCGCCGCAGGCGCGGCCGCAAACGGCGCAGCCGCGGGCGGCGGCGCCGCAGCCGCUGCCGCUGCCGCUGCCGCGGGCCUGGUCCCCGCCGCCGCCGCUGCCGCCCCCGCGGCGCAGCACCUGCUGCGGCUGCAGAGUAAGCGGCUGCCCGCGGCGUUCGGGCCGCUGUGCGGCUCGGGGACGGACCUGCAGGAGCUCUAUCGCGGCCGGCUGCUGAGCGAGCUGCCGCUCAUCAGCCCCAACGACCCGCCACUGCUGCCCAGCCUCGCAGCGCUGCUGCCGCGCCUCUCCCACCUCGCCAUUCGCGGCAGCCGCUGGGCCGUGCGCCCGCCGCCGCCGCCGCCGCCGCCCGCGCCGGCGCCCAUCGCCCCGGUGCCCGUGGCGCCGGCGGCUCCCGCCGCGGCGGGCGUUGGCAACAACGCGGCCUUUCAGGCGCUGCAGGAUGAGGCGGUGGCCGACAUGGCGGCGCUGGUCAACGCCGCCGCCGCCAUCGGCGGCGGCGCCGCCGCCGCUGCCGCAGACGCCGCCGCUGACGGUGGCGCCGUCGCUGGCGGUGGCGCCGGCGGCGCAGUCGCCGCCGCAGCCGGCGGCGGCGCGCAGGCGGCGCUGCUAGCGCACCUUGAGGAAGUGUUGAACAUGCCAGACCUGGCGGCCCUAGCUGGCGGCGGGAUCUGGUUCAACAACGUCGGCGGCGGCGGAGCCGCCGCCGUCGCGGCAGCGGCAGCAGCCGCGGCGGCGCCGGACCCGUACUCGCCGGCGGCGCUGCUGGCGCCGCUGACGUCGACACUGCCGUGUCUGACUCAUUUGGAGCUGAGCGUGCGGCUGUUGCCCGCGGCGCGCCUGUACUGGCCGGUGCCGGCGCGGCUGGCGGCCAGCCUGGCGCCCCUCACCCUGCACUACGAAGGCGACCACGAGGAGGAGCGCCGCCUGGCGACACGCGCCGCCACCGCCGCCGCCAGGCGCGCCGCCGCCGCCGCCAUGGCCGCGAAAACUGCGGAGGCCGCCGCCGCAGCGGUUCUAACGGCCGUGGCCGCGGCCGCCAGCGGCGCCGCCGAUUCCGCAGCCACCGCUUCCGCUUCCGCUGCCGCUGCCGCGGCGGCGGCGGCGGCGGCCACCGAGGCGGCGCUGGAUCCGUACAUGCCGGCGGUGGCGGAGGUACGUUCGUACGGCGGAAUCCCGGAUCUUGCGGUGCUGCUGCCGCAGCUGCAGCAGCUGACGCUGGUGGGCGGCAAUGUGCCGCUGGCGGAUCUGGUCAGCCGCGGCCGUGCCGUGCUGCCGCCCGGCUUACGAAGGCUGACGCUGCGCGACUUUGUGCUGAGUGGCGUGCACGGCCACCCGGAAGGUCACGGCGCGGACUGCGGCGAGUGCGGCGCCGGCGCCGCUAGCGCCGGGCGCGCGUGGCGGAUCGGCGGGGGCGGCGCCGGCGGCGCCGCCGGUGGACUGCUUGACAUGGGCGGCCUGGAUGCGCUCCUGGAUUUUGACCUGCAAUGGCUGGGCCUAGGGCAGGGGCAGGGGCUGGGCGGCGCCGGGCCGGGCGGGCAGCAGGCUGGCGAGCUGCGCGCAUUCAAGGCCGGCGGCGCUGCUGCUGGCGGAAGCAGGCGCGACUCCUGCGCAUGCUGCGGCUAUGGCUGCCCCGACGACGUCAGCCGCUGCAGCAACGGUGGCGCGCUCCGCCGACAGGGCAGCGACGGCGCUGCGGGCGACGGCAACGGCGCGAGCGGGUACGGCGGCUUUACGGCACGUCUGCCGCGGCCCCUUCGGGAAGCAGUGGACCCUGUCAGGGCGCUGCAGGCGGCGGCGGCGGUGGAGGAUGCCACGGAGGCGGCGGGCCGCUAUCCGCAGGCGGUUGGUGUGUCGGAGCUGGUGGUUGACUGGCAGGCGCGGCGGUUGGCCAUCUCGGCCGAGGUGGACGAGCGGCAGUUGAUCGUUCUGGACGAGCAGCUGAUUGGGCGGUUGGUGCCGGGUGCCGCCGCCAACCCGGUGCAGCGCCGCGGUGGCGGCGCGAUGGCGGCGGAGGACUGGUGGGAUUGGAACGUGGCGGGUGGCGUCAAUCUAGAUGCGGUGGAUGGGGAGGAGGAUGGCGAGGACGUGGAGGACAGCGACGAUGAUGAUGAUGAUGACGACGACUGGGAAGGCAACGGCGAGGGGCUGGGUCUGGGGGUGGGUGCGGGCGAGGCUCUAGGCCUGGCGCCGGCGGCUGGAGCCGCGGUGGCCGCGGCGCCUGGGCCUGUGGCCGUCGCUGCCGCCGCUCUCGCCGCCGCCGCCGCUGCCGCCGCUGGUGCCGCCGCUGGUGCUGGUGCUGGUGCUGGUGCUGGUGCUGGUGCUGGUGCUGGUGCUGGUGCUGGUGCUGGUGCUGGUGCUGGUGCUGGUGCUGGACAGGCGGCAGGCGCGCAGCAACCGCAGCAACAGCAACCGCAGCAGCAGCAGCCGCAGCAGGCGAACGGGCAGGCCGCGGGCAGGCCCCAGCCGCAGCCGCAGCCACCCGCCGAGGCGGGCCCGCAGUGGACGGUGUGCUUGGGCCGGCUGCGUCUGCGCGGGCGGCUGGGGCCCGCGCUGUCCGAGGCGCAGCCGGCCGCGGCCUCCACGCCCUCAGGCUUGUCUGGGAAGGCCUACUGCCCCUGCUGCGGCGCCGGCGGCAGCACCGCUGCUGCCGGCACCUCCCGCCCCCAGGUCGGCGGCGCAUCCACCUCCGCUGCCUUCACCGUCGCCUCCUCCACUUGCGGCACGGUGUGGAACGCGCACACGCGCGGGUUGCAGGCGGCUCGCGCGCGGGAGCGGGCGGAGCAGGAGGAAGAGGAGGAGGCCCGCUGGCAGGCGCUGCUAGGGCUGACGGCGCGGCGGCGGCUGGUGGUGUCGCAGCUGACGGCGCCGCUGCACGUGGCGCCGCGGCGGCUGGCGAUGCUGCUGCUGCGGCUGGCGGCGCCGGUGCAGACGCUGGAACUUAGGUUGCCGCUGGCGGAGGCGGAGCCAGCCAUGGCGGCUUACAGCUCGGCCUGUUGGCUGUCAAUGGUGGGGGAGGCGGCAGCGGCUGCCGCGGACGGAGCGAAGGUUGGGGCGAAGGCGGGAGCGGGGGCGGGAGGAAGUGGCGGCGGCAGCGGCAGCCCCGGCGCGGGAGGCAGCGCAGGGGCGUCCACGUCAGUGGCAGCGGCACUGGCUGCGGCCGGGUGCACUGGCGGCGCCGCCAGCUGUCACGUGGCUCGCGCCCUGGGGCGGGGCAAUGUGGCAUGCCGGGAUUGGACCUGGCCCGCAGCUGAAGCUGGCUCGGAUUCAGACCCUGAGUCGGAGCCGGAAUUCGAGUCUGAGGGCUCGGAAGCAGAUUCGGCCGAGGGCGACGAGGGCGCCGGCAAGGAUGCCGGGGCCAGUCAGGCAGGGGAGAAGGAGCCGGGCGGCCGGGAGGCGCGGGAGGAGGCGCGGGAGGAGGAGCAGGAGGACCAGGCGCAGCAGGAGGCGGGAACAGAGGGGGCGGGAGCGGAGGCGGCGGGAGCGGGGGAGACGGGAGCGGAGGCGGCGGGAGUGGAGGAGGCGGGAGCGGAGGAGGCGGCCCGGUGCGGCUGCCGCGCCUGCCGCUGGGGCUCGGAGUUGACGGCGGCGCUGCAGCUGCUGCCGCUCAGCUACCGGCCCGACUGGCUGCGGCUGACGGUGGCGCCGUAGGGGGCAUGGGAAGGGGAGAGGCCGAAGAGCAGGCGGGCGUGAAGAGCAGAAGGAACGUGACGGCAGGGAGGGGGGCGUGUGGGCAUGGAGAGGCGUGCGUGAUCACAUUAAAGGGUGGCGUGAUUAAAUCACCGCAGGUAUUCAUGUGCGCAGCUAUGUUGGUGAGCCCGGGACGCGUGGGAAAUCGCUACAGGCUACGGGCAUGCAACGUACCGUAGUCGUGGCUCGGCGUUGGCAAUAUCUAUAUAUCUGGAUUGUGUGCAAGACCGCUCGUAACUUAUGACGGACCCCAAAACGCCAACCUGGUGGCGCUGUGACUGGUGAUAUGAGUUGCACAACUUGCGGCAUGAAUUACGACGCUGCAUGAGCUCUUUGCCGGGGGCUGUUGUGGUUUGCGGCACCGGUCUGCCUCGGGUGGCGGAAAGUUGUCGUACACGCUUGUACACGCCUUGAACAGGGGCGCAGAAAUGGUACAGUGUGUUGGUGCGCGCGCUCAUCCUCCUUGGCUGCAGUGCUGUUGGCGAUCGUAUACCGCCUCUUUGGCGGCCAGGAGGGCUGACGUCCCGUCCUUGGGGUUAGCGCGAUGCUAAGCGGAGACCCCAGACACCAUUCGAUGGUGAUGCGUGGGAAUAAGACACACAAGAUUGCAUAGUGUCCGUUGUAUUUACCCGUAUUCACCCGUGGAGGCACUGUAACUAAGAGCCCUGCAUUCAGGACGGCGCAUACUUGCGUCAUAGGCAAGUGCCCAGCGCAUUAAGCAUUUAAGCCCA